AUGAGCCAAAAUAUCCCACUUAGAGAUCAAAGCUCAAUUGUGAAAAAUCUGUACCCUCAACAAGAACUGCCCGAUAAUAAAGUGAAUAUGGAAGUUAAAGCUUCUAGUCAUGAAAAUAAAAGUGAAAUUACAUCAGAGCAGCCAGGUGAUUUGUUAAUGCCUACAAAUGUAACCAAAGCAAAAAGUAGCUUUCAGCUUGGUGGUGGAAGGUCAAGUAUUUCUGAAUCAGUUCUACAUCAUCUUUUUGAAGAUGAGGCACUUAGUUCAUCUAUGUACAUUGACUCUGAGACUCUACCAGAGACUUCUUUUACAGAUAGUAUUGAAGAAACUGUAAUUAUGAAUCAAAUUUCAUCAACUUCCAAUAAUGAUUUGCUCAUGAAAAAUAACACCAUUUGUAAAUCAGGAACUGAUCUUUCAAAGAAAGAAGAAACAGAUGGAAAAUUUGGAAAUGAAGAACAAUUGGUCCAGAUGAUAAGUCAUUCUUACUGCAAUAACAUUACUGAGGUGAAUGUGGAAAAAAAUGGCACCUGUAGAAGAAAGACAAGUUGUGAUGUAGAGACUGCACCAAAAAUAGUACAAGAGAAUGCACAAGCACCACUCAGUCAUAAAACUGCAUCAGGAACUGCUCAAAAUCCCAUGAUAAAAAUGAGACGAACAAUUUCUUAUAAUGAAAUCAAAUAUGGCAAAGGAAAACAACAUUAUCCUCAACUUGACCUUUCCAAAGUUGCACCCAAGGUCAAAAUUCCCAAGAGGAAUACUUACAACAAUUAUAAAUUUCAAAGAUCCAAAAAUGCAAAAUCUUCCCUCAACUCAUCAGAAAAUCUCCACAACAUUUACAAAUCAACAGUAGAUGUAGCGCAAAAUGUACCAGAUAACGCACAGCUUUCAGCAAUUGCUACAGAAACAGAAGUUAAUAUUAAAAAACAUUUGGAAGUGAAUCAGACCCCUGAAAAUUUUCAACAAUUGCAGGAAGAGUUUGACAAAUUAUUAAUAAAGUAUGCAGAAGCAGAAAAUACCAUUGAUCAGUUGCGGUUUGGUGGUAAGAGAACUGUAACUUCUGAUAUAUCCAAAUCAAGUGAAAUGAUUCAUUUUGGAAUUUUGCCAUCACCUUGUCAAUUAGCUAUUUUGACAAGUCCAGGACAACCCAGAGCUGAGCCGAUAUGCACCAAUGAAUCAGUCACAUUCUUCCCUUUAGAACCAACCUGUAAGAACUGCGCCAUGUCAUCAUCAGUAACUUCUGCUGGAUCUAAACCAGAUUCUUGCCAAUCUAUUUCUGAAUUUUACAAGGCAACAGCAGAACAACUGGCUCAGCAGCUAAAUAAACACAUUAAGUCUUUUAAAUGUCAGGUUGAAGACUUUAAGAACUACCUUAAUUUUAAAUCUGCUGCUGUGGAAGAUAAACAAGAGGCAAUGAGGGAACUGAGAGAUGGCCUAGACAAGCUAGAAAGGACCUACAUUGCAACUAAAGAUGAGCACCGUAAUUUACAACGUCGCUGCUAUUUGGAAAAAAAUACUACUGUUGGGGAGUUUGACCCAGAUAGACAAAUUGAAGGAGAAAUAUUUAGAAUAGGAAUGGCACUGGAAAAUAUAAAAGAACAAAUUGAUGAGGAUAUUUGUAAUCAAUCAAGCCUACCCAGUUCCAUCUUUACAUCUACUCCACACUCCAUUCCUGAGCUGUCUUCAAGUCUUGCAGUUUAUUCUGAGAGUUUCAUGACGACCAUUACACAAGAUGGACUAAGGGAAGUACACGAGGGCAGCUUACUCAACGAUGGAAGUGCAACACAGAACAUUUUUCAAAUGCAGAUGAAGACAAAUGAGAACAAUAAUUCAACCUUAUUAAAAGAGGCAUACUAUCACAUCCCACAAAGGCAAGCUGCUAUUGUACCAACAAAAGCAGAGAAUAAUACUCCUUCUUCAGCGAACGUUGCUAAUUUAUCUUUGAACAGAACAUUAGAAUUACAAAACAUCUCAUUCCAGGGACAGGAAUUAUUGAAUGAACCUAAGCAGCAGAUGCUCAUCCCUGACAGAGGGGCUGGUACAUUGGAAGGCAGCAGACCUACCGUUACACACACAUUGAAUUCUGAGCAAUCACAAAUGGAAAGAAACUCGGGCCUUGGUGAACAUAUGCUUUCCUCUAAAUCAGAAUUACGCAAUGCAAACGGGGAGCCUCCAUCCGUGCACACAGAUGAAAAUAUAAAUGAAUUGGGCGAUAAUAAAGUAAGGCAGUUACUUCAGAUGGCUGGUCCUUUGGGCUGUGGUACUCCGUUCAACUGGCAUAAAUCCAUCACUGGUGUGACUGAAUCUCCAACACAACCAGAAGCAUUCCUACAACUGGAUUUUCUUACUGAGUGCUCAGAUGAUCACAUACCAUUGCCAGACCCUCAACAGUGCACAUCUAGAAUAUCUCUACAGCAGACUACCUGUGACAUAGAUGAAAAUGAAAGUUUAUCUCAGCCAGGUUCUGCAAGAAAUGAAGAAAUCAUGGAACUGCAACUUGAAGUUGCAAAACUCAAGCAAAAAUUGGAGGAAAAUCCCUCUCAGUUUUCUAAUGAUCCCAAGACAAAAAAGGCUUUUGAAUCUGUGUUACAGAAACAAAGCUACAGUAUCACAUCAUGUCAUAGAAAGAAAACUUCAUCCAGAAGUGUGGAACAUGCUAAAUUAAUGAACAAUAGUUUAAAAGACCACAAAAGAAGGCAUUCUACUUGGCUACAAUCAGGUGAUGAUGCUUCAGAUGCUGAACUAUGCAAUGGAAUGGAUUAUUUUUCUGACACAGAAGCAUCUGUGUACUCAAAACCAAGUUUCAUAAAAGCAUCGCACCAUAAACAAAUUUACUCCAGAAACCACAAAUCAAAUGGCACCUGGUCAGAUGAAGGCUUGUCCUCAUCAUCAAAUGGACAGAAUUUGCAGAGAAGGAGAAGGAACACAAGUUCUUUGCAUAACAAAAUCAUACCCUUUAAACACUUCUCUGAGAGUUCCUCACGACAAAGUAGGAGUGAGCACACUUCUGGUGACAGUAUUUCAUCUACUGCAGCAAAUGAAUAUUCUGAAAUGUUAAAAUCUAUUUCACCAGUAAGAUCUACCAUUAAUUAUUCACCAAUAUCAAGGGUUUCUAAAAAUGAUGAUGUACCUUCAUAUGAAAUAAUCAAAAGAAGAUUACAGUGUUUACCAAACCAAAUCUAUAGCACUAAGUAUUUUUGGAGAAAUUGCAUUGACAAAAGCAUCAGUAUUCCAGAGAUUUCACAUCUGAACACAAAUCUGGACAGAGCAAUCGAGGCUGCACGUAAAAUGAAGAAAACAACCAGGAGAAUGGUUAACAUUUUGUCUGCUGACUUGGCCAAGACUGAGUACUAUAAAUAUUUGUAUGAUUUGUAAUAUUUUCUUUAUACUACAGAUUUUCCUUGUGCAAUGAUGUGCAAUAUUAUGUAUCAAAAUCUUGUAAUGUCUAGAGUAAGAAUAUAUCACCUUGAUGAAAUAAUUUUCUGCAUUCAAGGCUAUUAUGCAAUUUUGGACCAUUUUCAUUAUUGUUUCAGUGAUUUCUGAUAAUCAUAUAAGUAUUAAUAUGCAGCUGCUUGUGCUCGAGUCUCUAUCAUUGGUAACUAGAGAAGGCACUACAACUAGACUUCCAGAGGGUUGUACUCACGUGCUUGGCAAUUCUGUCUCCUGCAGAUCAAAUCACCCCAGAAUGCCAAUUUCCUUUUGCACCACAGGAUUAUCGAAAAUGUUACUGAAUGUUAACCCGUACUAUAGCAUAGAAUAUAAUACAUACAAAGUACCCAUUACAAAUGAAGCAAACUCUUUGAGGAUAACUGACAUAGCUUAGGACAAACCUGUCAAAAAAAUGAUUAUUAGUUUUCAUUGCCAAUAAUGAGAAAGUCAAUCUAAAUGUGACUGUGCAAGUUUGCACUAUUAGCCAUUCUUAAUAAGGGAAAGCUCACGUUUGGCUUCCAUGGCAUAAUGGAAGUAUUUUUCUAUCAAACGUCAUGAUAUAUAUGAUUACCACAGCUCAAUGCCCACCUUUCCCAUAGUUUCUGUUCAAAUCCCUUUAAUUGGAUUUCUGCCCUCUCCUUUGCACAAAGGAUGCCCAGUUUAGCACUCUUCUGUGAAAGUACUUGUUGUGUUAUCCUGCCUUGCCCUUUUCAGCAUCCCUCAGAUGAUUGACAAUGUUAUCCUUUUUGACUAUGCAUCUCAAUUAUACAUUCCAGUCCAUCUCCAUUACAUUAUCCUCAACUUUACUCCUUAUUUUAUCUCUGCCAACAAUGGUCUCUCAACAUGUGGUUAUCUGAAGAAUGCACUCAAGCUGUCAUUGAAAUUUUCUGCAUUUGCAUGAUCCCUGCCUCUGACUCUACUUACCGGUGUGUGCCAGACCAUCACAGCCUUAGAUAGUGUUAGAUAUAUAAAAUAGUAAAAGCUAUAGGAACCCUCUUUGGAAUUACCACCACCACCAAGUUCAAGAGACCUAUGUUCAGUCCUGACCUAUAGAAGGUUUGCACUUUCUCCCUGUAGGGUGGUUGUCCUCUGGGUGUUCCAGUUUCCUCCCAUGUACCAAAGACUUGUGGGUUAGUAGGUUAAUUGGCCACUUCAAAUUGCCUUCAGUGUUUACAUGAGUGAUAGAAUAUGGAGAGAAAUAAGAUGGGAUUGAUGUAGGAUUGGUUGUAACUAGGUAUUGAUGGUUGGUGUAGUCUUCAUUAACAGAAGGGCCUGCUUCCACUCUGCAUGAUUCCUUUUGAUUCUAAGCUGCAAUAGAUGAACUAAAUUCUAUAAGAAAACAAAAAUAAUAAAAGAACAUAUUUAUAAUCUUUGUGGAAAAAAAAAGGUAUUGAAAAUAAAUCUUAAAGAUGUUCUCUGGUAAAGAAAUCCAUUGAAGAUAGCAUGAUUAAAGAUUAUUUUUAUUUGUCACAUGUACAUCAAAACCUCGAAAUAUCCAGUGAACGGCGUCAUUUGCACCAACAACAAAUACAGUCCAUGGAUAUGCUGGGGGCAGCCCGCAAGAUCGCCAUCCUUCUGACAUCAACAGAGUGUGCCCUCAACUUGGUACCCCUCACCAUAUGUCUUUAGGUUGUGGGAAGAAUCUGGAGUACCAGAAAAAACCCACGUGGUCACGGGGAGAACAUAUAAACUCCUUACAGACCGUGUCUGGAAUUGAACCCUGGCAGUGUAAUAGCAUUACACUAACAUGCUGCCCAAGAAAUAACAAUAAGAUUUUUUACCUUAACUUGUACUAAACUGAGCAGUACUUACACAAAGUGACAGAACAUACAGAAUAUGGCACUGUGAUAAAACUUUAUUUUUAAUCAUAUGAUAAACAUUCAGA